CUCUGUUUGACUUUGCAUCCACAUCCAUAUCAUCAAGAUGUCUCCACAUCAGCAAAACACACCUCUGACUCUGGUACAGCUGUGGGAUAGCUACGAGCGAAAUCCCAUACCACGCUGGAUGGCCCGCUCUGCAGACCAGCGCCUGUCAGUGGAUCCCCCUCUCCUGCAUGCUCAAAAGCCAUCCAUCUCACAUUGCAUAGCUACGAUGUGAGCCCUGCGUUUCACCCCCCAGAAAGAUUCACCUACUACCCUCUUCCACCAACACUUGCCGUUGAAAAGCACGCCUGUCGACUCUUCAAAUUGGCUCUAAGACACCAUUUCGCGACAAUCUUCUUGGAGGACGAAGAUUGCGCCCUAAUCGAGCAGACGUGGAAUCUCCAGAGAUAAGAGAUAUAAUGCACAGCCUAACGAAGAACAAUAUGACAAGUGCCUUGACUCCCACACCAUGACCUUCCUUCGGACGGGGAAUAAGAAGUUCAGAGACCAGACAUAUGGUCAGGCAAUAUCCUCUUGGCUCCAAGCUUGGUCCACUUUACUCCCUUACCACGUUGAUGCCCUCCCCCAUGGUGCUCUUCGUAACAAACUCGGCUUUCGAGAAUCCACCAUUAUUGGGAAUAUCUCAGCAUGUCUGCUCAAGAUGUGGAACGUGGCAAAAGAAGCAGGACUGGGUGAUGAAGGCACCAGCUCGUUCGAGAUCGCUGCCUUUCAAUGUGCUUGGAUCGUUAUCGACUUGCGAGAAUAUGCUCGAGUGAGGACAGUGUACAGCGCUUGUCGUCGAGCUGAAGAGUGUCUCAAGGAAUUGUUCGAAGACGGCAAGGUCUUUGGCAGAGACUUCGGCUCGGACGCAGUCGGCGUUUCUGAAAUGCGUGCCAGCGCAGCAAAAUAUGAAGCAUGCGCCAAGGCCCAAGGCGAUGCUAUCCAGAACGCCGAUAGAGAGUUACUAUUCCGAGAUCUCGACAAGAGCUUGGAGGUACAGGUGGAUAGAGAGACCACUCGUGCGGUGGGGCCGUUGAUGUGGGACAGACCGGGGGAAGGAGGGAUUACAUCUUCUGUGAUCAAGCAAGCGAGGUUCUUGGACGAGCAGCCGCUCGAUUACGGUGCCGAAGCCCAACAGGCUAUGGCCGGGAAUCGCAACUUGGUCGAAUGCGAAUGGUGGUACACUUUUGAGCCUAUGGAACCUCACGAAGAAGCCGGGAAGGGCAGCUUUUGGUAUCCGCCGAGCGUACAUCCCACCCCCCGCCUAACCUAUCUGCCCUACCCGACCGGCCUCAGCUUCAUCUUCCACCUCCACGCUCUCACCAAAUUAUCCCUCUACGAGAUAUUCUUUCGGCAAUACCACGACGACUAUCUUGGAGAAGCAUGGGAGAAGAUGGUUCAAGAGAAGAAGAGCGAACCGUUAUGGGAGGUGCCACCUCGGAUGUGCCUCCAUAGAGCGGAGAAGCUCAAGGAUGAGGGAAACGCUAAAUACAAAGCGGGAAACCACAAGGAGGCUCUGAAGUCGUAUUUUGAAGCAUGGUGGACGACUGUCCCCUAUCAUUAUUACGGAUUCUCUAAUGAGUUGGACGCCUUGAGGGAUCAACUUGCCAGAAUCGAUUCUGUGAUUUUCGCCAACAUUUCGGCCGUAUAUAUCUCUUUGUUGAAAGCGGUGGCCACGCCUGCUGAAUCGCGAGUGCCCUUCCAGAAGAUGGCAUACCUCGCUAGUUGGGUCGCGGCCGAUCGCAAGUCCAACAAUAGUAUCAAAACUAUGAUCAACAUCUACAACCGCAUUCUCUUCACCCUCCCGAAAGACCUUGCAGCGCAUCAAACCGCCCCGCAAGAUAUCCUAGCACUCACCCACAGUUGGACUAGGAUGCGUGAUGCUUCGGGGAAAGUAAAGAACAAGGAUGGCAUCUACAAGGAGGCUUUCACGGGGGAACACAGCAAAGAAGAUGGGUUGAUGAUGGUGAUGUUGGCAGAUCUCGCGGGGCCAGCGGUGUUGAGGGAUGAUGUGGAACAGAUGAAGAUGGCAAAGGGGUACUUUGCUUGAUGGUGUAAGGUAUUCGUUUGCGGCGACUGUAUGUUGGCUUUGGCUAAAAGCCGGAGGAAGUGACAAUGGUUUGACAAAGACAACAUGCUCGGCAGACCGACAUUCGAACAGAUCUUGGCUUGGCCGUAAUUGAAGAGAUAUUUUGAUUCUAACAAAGUCAUGGGCCGUAAACCUACCUAGUUCAGCAUGCAGCAUUCCGUUGAACUGUCA